GAGGAGCUUGAAGUUAAAGGCUCCUGCUAAAAAUCAGUACGUUUCAUUUUGCAGUUACUGGGAGGGGGCUUGCUGUGGGCCCGUCAGGAAGAGUAGAGCUCUGGUCCAGCUCCGCGCAGGAACGGAGACUGUCACCAUGCCAGCCUGCUGCAGCUGCAGUGAUGUUUUCCAGUAUGAGACCACCAAAGUCACUCGGAUCCAGAGCAUGAAUUAUGGCACCAUUAAGUGGUUCUUCCAUGUGAUCGUCUUUUCCUACGUUAGCUUUGCUCUGGUGAGUGACAAGUUGUACCAGCGGAAAGAGCCUGUCAUUAGUUCUGUGCACACCAAGGUGAAGGGGAUAGCAGAGGUGAAAGAGGAGAUCGUGGAGAAUGGAGUGAAGAAGUUGGUGCACAGUGUCUUUGACACUGCAGACUACACCUUCCCUUUGCAGGGGAACUCUUUCUUCGUGAUGACAAACUUUCUCAAAACAGAAGGCCAACAGCAGCGAUUAUGUCCCGAGUAUCCCACCCGCAGGACGCUCUGUUCCUCUGACCGGGGUUGUAAAAAGGGAUGGAUGGACCCACAGAGCAAAGGAAUUCAGACUGGAAGGUGUGUAGUGUAUGAAGGGAACCGGAAGACCUGUGAAGUCUCUGCCUGGUGCCCCAUCGAGGCAGUGGGAGAAGCCCCCCGGCCUGCUCUCUUGAACAGUGCGGAAAACUUCACCGUGCUCAUCAAAAACAAUAUCGACUUCCCCGGCCACAACUACACCACGAGAAACAUCUUGCCUGGUUUAAACAUCACUUGUACCUUCCACAAGACUCAGAAUCCACAGUGUCCCAUUUUCCGACUAGGAGACAUCUUCCGAGAAACAGGCGAUCAUUUUUCAGAUGUGGCAAUUCAGGGCGGAAUAAUGGGCAUUGAGAUCUACUGGGACUGCAACCUAGACCGUUGGUUCCAUCACUGCCGUCCCAAAUACAGUUUCCGUCGCCUUGACGACAAGACCACCAACGUGUCCUUGUACCCUGGCUACAACUUCAGAUAUGCCAAGUACUACAAGGAAAACAAUGUUGAGAAACGGACUCUGAUAAAAGUCUUCGGGAUCCGUUUUGACAUCCUGGUUUUUGGCACUGGAGGAAAAUUUGACAUUAUCCAGCUGGUUGUGUACAUUGGCUCAACCCUCUCCUACUUCGGUCUGGCCACUGUGUUCAUCGACUUCCUCAUCAACACUUACUCCAGUAACUACUGUCGCUCCCAUAUUUAUCCCUGGUGCAAGUGCUGUCAGCCCUGUGUGGUCAACGAAUACUACUACAGGAAGAAGUGCGAGUCCAUUGUGGAGCCAAAGCCGACAUUAAAGUAUGUGUCCUUUGUGGAUGAAUCCCACAUUAGGAUGGUGAACCAGAAGCUACUAGGGAGAAGUCUGCAAGAUGUCAAGGGCCAAGAAGUCCCAAGACCUGCAGUGGACUUCACAGAUUUGUCCAAGCUGCCCCUGGCCCUCCAUGACCCACCCCCGAUUCCUGGACAACCAGGGGAGAUGCAGCUGCUUAGAGAGGAGGUGACUCCUAGAUCCAGGGACAGCCCCGUCUGGUGCCAGUGUGGAAGCUGCCUUCCGUCCCAACUCCCCAAGAGCCACAGGUGCCUGGAGGAGCUGUGCUGCCGGAAAAAGCCAGGGGCCUGCAUCACCACCUCAGAGCUGUUCAGGAAGCUGGUCCUGUCCAGACACGUCCUGCAGUUCCUCCUGCUCUACCAGGAGCCCUUGCUGGCGCUGGAUGUGGAUUCCACCAACAGCCGGCUGCGGCACUGUGCCUACAGGUGCUACGCCACCUGGCGCUUCGGCUCCCAGGACAUGGCUGACUUUGCCAUCCUGCCCAGCUGCUGCCGCUGGAGGAUCCGAAAAGAGUUUCCCAAGAGUGAAGGGCAGUACAGUGGCUUCAAGAGUCCUUACUGAAGCCAGGCACCAUGGCUCACGUCUGUAAUCCCAGCCCUUUUGGAGGCCGAGGCAGGCAGAUCACCCGAGGUUGGGAGUUGGAGACCAGCCUGGCUAACAAUGCGAAAUCCCGUUUGUACUAAAAAUACAAAAAUCAGCCAGACAUGGUGGCGUGCACCUGUAAUCCCAGCUACUCAGAAGGCUGAGGCACGAGAAUCACUUGAACUGGGAGGCGGAGGUUGUACUGAGCCGAGAUUGUGCCACUGCACUCCAGCCUGGGAGGCACAGCAAACUGUC